AUGGGGGACAGAUAUGGUAACCCUAAGAAGAUCGAGAACUUUGUCGGUGUCGUCAACGCCUUCACCUCCCACUUUGGCAAGGAUGACGACCAGACCACUGUGACCGAGCAAGAGAGGAGGAAGAGACGAGAAGCGGCGACAGACGUUGCUGAAUCAUACUACAAUUUCGCCUCUGCAGCAUACGAAAGCGGCUGGUCCACCCAUUUCCACUACGCCCCCUUCCCGCCCUCGUUCCCUCCGUGCGACAGCACCAUCGCCACGGCGCUGGCCUUUUACGAGCACCGCCUCGCCCUGCUCAUAGGCCUGAAGCCGCACAUGAAAGUCCUCGACGUGGGCUGCGGCAUCGGCGGGCCCGCGCGCGAGAUUGCAAAGUUUGUGGGCUGCGAGAUCGUGGGCGUGUGCAUCAACCAGACCCAGAUCGAUCGCGCCGUCUACUUGACGAGGAUGGAGGGUUUGCAGGACAAGUGUACCUUUGUGAGGGCAGAUUUCCUGGACCUCCCCUUCGCCCCCGCGUCCUUUGACGCCGCCUACGCCAUCGAGGCGACAGUCCACUCCCCCUCCCUCUUGCAGGUGUACAGCGGCGUCGCGCGCGUGCUCAAGCCCGGCGCCGUAUUCGGCCUCUCGGAAUGGGUCAUGACGCCGAAAUACGAUCCGACAGACCAAAGGCACGUGGGGAUGCGGAACCGGGUGGAGAGAGGCAACGGCGUGAGCAACCUGCGCACGAGCGACGAGGCGCGCGAGGCGAUGAAGGGGGCUGGAUUCGAGAUCCUCCACGAAGAGGAUUUUGCGGCGCAUUUUGACUAUGCGAAGAGUCUGGUGGAGGCUUCUGCGUCUGCUUCCGCCACCGCGACGACGAAGAUGAAGAUGAAGACGAAGACGAAGACACAGAGAGGGGUGCCCAGGAAGAAUCGGGGCAAUGACAUCGACAUUGAAGGACACGAGAGCACCAGCCCACAGGACCACACCCUUUCCUCUCCCAUCCCUUUUCCUCCUCCUCCACCAUCUUCUGACCAAACCCCCCAAAGCUCCGUCCUCGUACCCUUCAAAUCCUCACUCUCCCCUGACGAUGGUAUCUCCCUCCUUCUUCCCGCGCCGACCACCGACGACACCCCUCCCCGAUUCCCUCCCGAUCCCCCCCACGACCUUCCGCCCAUGAUGUCGGCGUGGCCGCGGCGCCUGUGCUUCUGGACGAUUUGGGUCGGCGAGCGUGUCGGCCUGUGGGACCGGGGCGUCACGGACGCGAUGACCACGUUGGCGUACUGCGUCGACAGUACCGCCGAGGCGGGCCGCGAGGGGAUCUUCAGUCCCUGUUGGUGGUUCGUUGGGCGGAAGGUGGGGGAUCAUCAUCAUGAUGAGGAUGGUGAUGACAGAGAGGGCGAAGGUGCGGAUCGAGAUGGACGCGGACAGGGACAAGCCUACGGGAGAGUCAACGCCAAUGGCAAUGGAGAUGGAGAUGGUGGCGGUAGUGGGGAGACGAGAGAAGAUUUGAGCGUCCUUGUGUAUUGA